UGCAACAAGUCAAUCGAAAAAUCACAGUGUUUCUUGGGUAUCCACUGCUAUUGCAGUUGAGAGACGACAUUGUCUUCGCUCUGUAACGUGUGAAACGGCAUCAUCCUUGGUAUCUUAUACCUAUGGCUUCCGGUCCAGGUGGUCCCGUCUGGACUCGUAAAAUGCGGACACUGUUCCGACGAUUGGAUGCGCACGGACACGGAUACCUCAUGGUUGAUGACCUCAUUGACGCAGGCACUUACAUCUUCAACGUGUAUCCUAAAAUGGAAUCAUACAAAUGUGACAGCAUUGUCAAGACGCUGGUUUACAUGUGGUACAAAGUACUGUGUACCCACGUGGAUAGGAUUGCAGCCACUAUGACAAACAUUAACGAAGCUACCUUCGUGGAUAAUGUGCUAAAAGCAAUGCAAGGGGAAUUUAAGGAUAAGUUUCAUGAGAUACUCUCCGAUCCCUUGUUUAUUGCUAUGGACCAGGAUGAUGAUGGGAAGAUUACUGCACCGGAAUUCACCACUCUGUUCCUCGGCUGGAAGGCGAUUCAGCGAGACGCAGAGACAGUGUUCAAAAUUUACUCUGAAUCUGGAAAAUUGUCCAAGGAAAGAUUUCGCGAAGUUAUGUAUGGUUACUUUGUGGAUGAUGAUUCAACAAGCAAAAUUAAUCGAUUGUGGGGUCCGUUACUGGAGUACAAACGAGCCGAGGAUUAUGGCACAGUUGACUGCGGUCCCGUCUGGGAGGGAAAAAUGCGCUCCAUGUUUCGGCGUUUUGAUGUCGGAGAAAGCAUGAAACUUCGCUGUCAUGACUUGCUUCAAAUCGGCCAGUUUCUUAUACAACGUGGACACCUAGACAAAAAGAAAGCAGAUGCAGUGCUACGGUCUAUGCUACACAUUUGGGUGAAGUUCCUUGCAGUGGAUAAAGAUGGUAAGUCAGAACCAACCAAGGGAUAUUUUACACCAUUUGCAUAA